AUGGUGAUGCAGGUUCAUGCUGUUGUGGUACUCUACAAUUAUUACCAGAGGAAACAACAUCCAGAACUGGAGUUUCUAGACUUUGAGUCAUUUUGCAAGUUAGCUGCGACUUUGAAACCAACAUUGAUGGCACACAUGAAACUCAUGCAACAGUCUGAUAAUAUUGAGUUUGAUGACCUGGAAAAUCAGCUUUCAGCAACAGAGAAAGCAAUUAUGGAUGCAUGUAAUAUAUCCUUGGUUCUAGAUGCAUCAAAAGAUGUUCCAAUCAUAGAGGGAUGGCCAAUUUCCAAAGUUGCUGUAUUGUUGAUAGACUCCAGGAAAGAGAACUGCUUGCUGCAAUUUAGUACAAUCACCCAUGGGAUUUGGUCAGUCAUUGAAAAAGAUCUUGAUGCAUUCAAUACUAAUUCAGACAGUCCUGUGGGGGGAAAACACACAAACAAAAGGAAAAAAGUCAGUAAAAAAACUUUGAAAGAUGAACAGGAUGCUGAUGAAACUGGUUUUCGGCAGCUUGCAUUUUCAGCUAUUAAAGAAGCAACAGCAAACACCCAUAUCUACAAGACAGGGUUAAAGACCAAGCAAAUCAACUGCGAUUUGAUGUUGUUUAGAUAG